GGAGAAAUUUCUGAAAUCACUCUCCUUCCCUCCACUCUUCCUCUUUUCCCCAUUUUCCUAUUCGGAUCUGCUUGAAGAUCCGAUCCGUUCGCCCGAACCCGCACAAUGUCGCUGGCCUUCGACGAAUUCGGCCGCCCCUUCUUCAUCAUACGGGAGCAGGAGCAGAAAACCAGAUUGCGCGGCCUCGAUGCUCAGAAGGCCAACAUUUCCGCCGGCAAAGCGGUGGCGCGGAUCCUCCGCACCUCCCUAGGCCCCAAGGGCAUGGAUAAAAUGCUCCAGAGCCCCGACGGCGAGGUCACCAUAACAAAUGAUGGUGCGACGAUUUUGGAGCAGAUGGAUGUUGACAACCAGAUUGCGAAGCUCAUGGUUGAGUUGUCGCGGAGUCAGGACUAUGAGAUAGGGGAUGGGACGACUGGAGUUGUUGUAAUGGCAGGUUCGCUUCUAGAACAAGCUCAGAAGCUGUUGGAGCGUGGAAUUCACCCAAUUAGGGUUGCUGAGGGAUAUGAGCUGGCUUCGAAGAUUGCCUUUGAGCAUUUGGAGAGUAUAGCGCAUAAAUUUGAAUUUAGCAGCGCAGAUGCGGAGCCUUUGAUCCGGACUUGUAUGACUACUUUAUCCUCUAAGAUAGUGAAUAGGUGCAAGCGCAGUUUGGCUGAAAUUGCAGUCAAAGCCGUGCUCGCUGUUGCAGAUUUAGAGAGGAGGGAUGUCAAUCUUGACUUGAUUAAAGUAGAAGGGAAAGUUGGCGGGAAGCUAGAGGAUACAGAACUAAUAUAUGGAAUUGUUGUAGACAAAGAUAUGAGUCAUCCCCAAAUGCCAAAACAGAUUGAGGAUGCACAUAUUGCAAUUUUGACUUGCCCCUUUGAGCCACCAAAGCCAAAGACUAAACAUAAGGUCGAUAUUGAUACUGUGGAAAAGUUCCAAACUUUACGUCAACAAGAGCAGAAGUACUUCGAUGAUAUGGUUCAAAAAUGCAAGGAUGUUGGGGCCACUCUGGUGAUCUGCCAAUGGGGUUUUGAUGAUGAGGCAAACCAUCUGUUGAUGCACAGGAAUUUGCCUGCUGUCCGAUGGGUUGGUGGUGUGGAGUUAGAGCUGAUAGCCAUAGCCACAGGUGGGAGAAUUGUUCCCAGAUUUCAGGAGUUAACAACAGAAAAGUUGGGCAAGGCCGGUUUGGUUCGAGAAAAGGCUUUUGGCACCACUAAGGAUCGGAUGAUAUAUAUUGAACACUGUGCGAAUUCAAGGGCCGUGACCAUAUUUAUACGUGGUGGUAAUAAGAUGAUGAUAGAGGAAACAAAACGUAGUAUUCAUGAUGCCUUGUGCGUUGCUCGGAAUCUCAUCCGUAACAACUCCAUAGUAUAUGGUGGUGGCUCAGCUGAGAUUUCCUGCUCAAUUGCUGUGGAAGCAGCAGCUGAUAAGUACCCCGGAGUUGAGCAGUAUGCAAUCAGAGCCUUUGCAGAUGCCUUAGAUGCUAUCCCGAUGGCACUGGCUGAAAACAGCGGCCUCCAACCUAUAGAAACUCUAUCCGCUGUCAAAUCCCAGCAAAUCAAGGAAAACAACAGCUGCUGCGGUAUCGACUGCAACGACGUUGGCACAAACGACAUGCGUGAGCAGAACGUUUUUGAGACUCUGAUCGGGAAACAGCAGCAGAUUCUGCUUGCAACACAAGUUGUGAAGAUGAUUUUGAAGAUUGAUGAUGUUAUCUCACCUUCGGAGUAUUGAAUUUUUCUACAUGAUUUGCUUGAAAUCUUAAAUUUUGCUGUUAUCAAAUGCUGUCGAUUUUAGGACCUGAUUUCUUAGGUUUCUUGGGUUGUGGAAUUGGUCGAUUUUAGGACCUCGUUUUAACUUAUGUGGAACUUUGGUUUUCUCUCUUUGAGAUGGGCUUUAUAUAUUUCUCUACA